GCAGGGCGCGCCAUGCGGGCCUGGAAGGCAGCGGCGAGGUGCCCUUUGGAGUGGGGGCGGGCCCGGCGGCGGCCAGGCUCCCUCGCCCGGGGGCUUCGCACUCUUGCCCAGUCAUGGAGCUGCCCACACCCGGCGAGGUGCGCAUGAGCCAGGCCAUCCAGCCCGCACACACCAACUCCCGCGGUGAGCUGAGCGCCGGGCAACUUCUCAAGUGGAUCGACGCCACCGCCUGCCUGGCGGCUGAAAAGCAUGCUGGGGUUUCCUGUGUUACAGCCUCAGUGGAUGACAUACAAUUUGAGGAGACAGCUAGACUUGGACAAGUUAUAACCAUCAAAGCGAAAGUUACUAGAGCAUUUAGCACAAGCAUGGAGAUCAUCAUCAAGGUCACAGUACAGGACAUGUGCACUGGCACUGAGAAACUUGUUAGUGUGGCUUUCUCUACAUUUGUAGCCAAACCAGUUGGAAAAGAAAAGAUUCAUUUAAAACCAGUCACACUUCUAACUGAACAAGAUCAUGUGGAACAUAACCUGGCUUCUGAGAGAAGGAAAGUUAGGUUACAACAUGAAAAUACCUUUAAAAACUUGAUGAAGGAAAGUGGCACAUUUGAUGGUUCCAUUUGUGAUGAAGAGGAAGGAACGGUUUCCACAAGGGGUACCUUCGUGCAGAGCAUCGAACUUGUUCUCCCACCCCAUGCAAACCAUCAUGGAAAUACAUUUGGUGGCCAGAUUAUGGCUUGGAUGGAGACAGUGGCUACUAUUUCUGCAAGCCGCCUGUGUCGAGCGCAUCCCUUUCUGAAAUCCGUGGACAUGUUUAAGUUUCGGGGACCGUCUACAGUUGGAGAUCGUCUUGUCUUCAAUGCCAUUGUCAACAAUACAUUUCAGACCUGUGUGGAAGUGGGAGUGCGCGUGGAGGCCUUUGACUGCCAGGAGUGGUCUGAGGGCCGAGGCCGUCACAUCAACAGUGCUUUUCUCAUUUAUAAUGCUGUCGACGAUAAAGAAGACCCGGUCACGUUUCCCAGAAUCAAACCCAUGUCAAAGGAUGAUUUUAGACGAUACCGCGGAGCUAUUGCACGCAGGAGAAUCCGCCUUGGCAGAAAAUAUAUUAUUUCUCACAAAGAAGAGGUUCCACUUUGCAUACACUGGGAUAUUGGCAACCAGGUAUCUUUGAGUAAUGGCAAUGUGGAGGCUCUCAAAAAUCUGGCAGCCAAAAGUGGUUGGGAGCUUACCAGUGCUGUGGAAAAGAUAAAAAUAUAUACUUUGGAAGAGCAUGAUAUUUUAUCUGUUUGGGUUAAAAAACGUGCAGAAAGACCAGCGCACUUGGCUUAUCAUCUCUUAUCUGACUUUACCAAGCGACCUUUGUGGGACUCCCAUUGCAUGUCCUGUGAAGUCAUAGACUGGAUAAAUGAAGAUGAUCAGAUUUAUCAUAUCACUUGUCCUCCGAUGAAUGAUGACAAACCCAAAGACUUGGUGGUACUUGUAUCACGAAGAAGGCCUCUCAAAGAUGGUCACACUUACACGGUGGCAGUGAAGUCGGUUACUCUGCCAUCAGUCCCACCUUCAUCACAGUACGUCAGAAGUGAAAUCGUAUGUGCCGGAUUUCUCAUCCAUGCUGUUGAUAGCAAUUCGUGUACCAUAUCUUACUUUAACCAGAUUUCUGCUGGGAUCCUUCCUUACUUUGCUGGAAAUCUUGGUGGGUGGUCAAAAUCCAUUGAAGAGACAGCAGCCUCCUGUAUACAAUUCAUAGAGAAUGCUACUGAUGAUGGAGCUAUGCAUAUUUUAAAUGAUAAAUUUUAAAUUACCUGUCCUUUGAUGUCCCACUUUCAAUUUCAAGCACCCUUAGUUCUGACACUUGGCAAGCUUCUGGGCUACGAAAUAAUGUCAUAUCGGUCUAAGCAAAAAAUGCAGUUAUGAAGAGGUUAAAAAACAAAAAGAUUUGGGUGAUUUGGGUGACCCAGUGAUUUUUAACAUUAAAAGUUUUAAAACUCUGUUGUAGAUCACCUGUGGCUCUGCUCCCUUCCAGGGACGCAGGCAAUGGAAAAUUUCUCAUAGGCAAUAUUUUGUGUUCUGUAAAAUGGUGAGUUUGGUUAACAGAAUCAAAAAAGUUUUAUGCUCAGGGCUGAAACAUAUUCUGGGUGAAAUUUUAAAAUUUUUUAUAAAGUCAGAAAUGAUAAGUUGGCUAUUUGAUUAAUCGUAUGGGGUUAUUCCAUGUACGGCAGGUAUCUGUAUGUUGGGAGCAUCUGACAAGAUGUAUUACAUGUUUUAGAGCUUUAAAUUAGGAAGACAUUAAAACAUAAUGGAAUCCAGUCAAUUUUAGUAAUAGGAACUACUUUACUAGUGUCACUGAACAUAUAUCAAGGUAGCUGACCAUUUUAGUAUCUAUUGCUCUAUAUACACUCACAAAGUACCUGCAAAAUGUGACACUGUAGAGAAAGAAUUAACUGAGCUCUUCUUUCAUAACCAUUACAUUAGAACUUUAUUCCCUGGACUUUUACAUUUAUUAUUUUACUCUGUGAUUUGUCUUAACUUUAAGACAAACCGGCCUACGUCAACUUCUAAAAGUUGGAAGACUUCAUCAUUAGAGUUUUGAGCACUUAAGAGGUUAGAGAUAUCCUGCUUUAGUUUGUCUAAUCUUUACCUCUGUCCAGGUCUGGUUGUAAAUAUUUUAUUAUUCUGUGCCAGCAUGUUUACAUUAAUAUGAACUUUGGGCUGUGGCCCAAUCUUAUGAAUUAACAGUUAUAUACAAUAAAAAGAGUGGAUAUGUAGAUUAAAAUGGUCAUAUAUUACACUUCAAACGUAGAAAGAUUUUUGAGAAUAUAGAUCUUUUAAAAGAUAAAAAAAGCGAGUGUAAAGGGGGUUACAUUUCACUAAAAUUUUGUAUGCUAAAAUUUCAGCCCUCUCUUAACAACUGACACACUUCUAACUUCUAUCUUUACCCAGUCUAUGACGUCACAGGACCUGUGUAAAUAGAACAGUGACAGGAAGUCUACACUUCUCUACCUGCUAGAAUAAGGCAUUCAUUUUUGUUUGUUGCAUAAUUUCAUUCUUGGUGUCCAUAUUCACACUUAUGCUCACCUAACCAUGCCCUCAAGGCAGCAUCAUUUUUCAAAGUCUGUCUUCAGCGUCGUGUGGCCAGAAGGUAUCGUUCUGUGUGUGAUGAAGAGAACGCUGGCCAUCCAAUGCUAAGGUCACUGCUCUCAACACUGCAGAAAAAGGCACAUUGUUGUUUCCACCAAAUUAUUUUGAAUUUUAAUUUUCUCGAAAUUUUUUCCUGAGCAGUAACAGAGCAAUUGUGGGGUUGAAGGACUAGAGUAACUUUGGUUGGGUCACUUUUAGACAUAAAGAUGUUGCCCACUCUAACUUAUAACACCGGCAUCGUCCAUACCAGAACUGUCCAAUGUGGUAGCCAUAAGCCACAUGUGACCAUUUAAAUUACAUUAAUUAGAAUUAAAUAAAAUUUAAAGUUCAUUUCUUCAGCCACACUAGCCCCAUUUCAAUAUUAUCCGUUACACGUGGUCUCAUGAAGCUCACUUGUGGACUCCUGGACUAAAGAGAUUUUAAUAGGUUAUAAUCUGGAAAAGACAGCAAUACAUUCGGGCUCUGCUGAGGGCAUCUCAACAUCUGUUGCCUGAAAGCAUGCCACAAUUGAGUAAGGACUCCUGUUGGAAAAUUCAACAACAGCCCUUAGGUUGACCUUUCCUUUUUUUAAUGGAAAUGUGUUUGAUUGCUCUCUCACUCAUUUAAUACAUACUUAAUAAGAACCUCCCUGGUGUUAGAAAGUUUUAGGCAUUGUGGGUUCACCAAGGAACAGAAGCAUACUGAUCACAUCGUAAUAAAAUAAAUAAAUAAUAUAGAGUAUUUAGGAAAUACGUGUUAAAUGGAAAAAGGAUAAAGGAUGUGAGGUCUGGGGAGGUGUGGGAGGUGGUUGUUCACAUUUUAAAUAGGGCAGUCAGUUAGCUCUCUUGAGGGACAUUUGAGCAAAAACCUGAAGGCAGAUGGGGACUGAGCCACGAGGAUCAGUCCUGCAGGCAAAGCCUUUGAGAUGGGACUGUUUCUAGCACUUUCUAGGAAAAGUAGGCUUGAACAGAGUGAGAAAUAAUUAAAGACAGCAGAAUUAAAGACAGCCUUCCCCAUUCUUUGGCCCUGGCUUUAAGCAAACACACUGCUCCAAGGGUAAGCAGCUAAGCUGGUUCAUCAGCAGUCACCCUCAAGCCCAUGGAGACUAAGGAUAGAGGAAACAUAAAAAUGCAGUCAUGCUUAUUUUUUCCUUUGGCAUGUCAAAAUAUCCUCAAGGAACAUUCAAGAUUUCAUGCUAUUCCUAAUGGCAAGGGUUUUCAAGAAUUUCUAACAGGACCGAAACCCUUUUGAUUACGAAAGGAAGCUCAUUCCUAUUAAUUCUUCCUGGUUUUAAUGCAGCUGAGUUUCUGAUCUGUAUUUAGUUUUUCUAUCAUAUUUUUUAAAGAAGAAAUCUAGAGGAAAAAAUGUGAAAAUUGACCUGCAUAAUUUAGAAUAUAGUUUACCCUUAUACUUAAACACCUCUAGGAAAUGAACAAUUUUAAUAAAAACUGAAAGAACGCCAGAGUAUUUUUAUGUAUACCAUCACAUGGUUCUCUUCAUAUUUCUUACUGCACAUUUCAGAGAUAACUUUGAAAUUUUUUACUGGUUUAUUUAUAGGAGAGUAGUUUUGAAAUAUAUGUUGAAAAUGUGUAUGUUAAGAAAUAAAUUUUAUGUUUUAGAAUAAAUUAUUAAAAUGUAAACUA